AUGGGCGCUAAUAACCUGGGAUGUCUGGGUUUGGCUGACAAACAUAAUGUCCAAACACCAGAGAUUAUACAAGAAUUAUGCGGACAACGGAUCCGACAGUUUGUCACUGGAUAUGACUUUGUGUUGGCUAUCAAUGAGGACAACCAUGUGUUCAGUUGGGGACACAACGAGAGGGGACAGUUAGGCAGAGAUGUGACACAAUUUGGUAAAUAUUUAACACCGGAUUUCAUAUCAUAUAUGAAUGACAUUAAUAUCGCACACGUAUGUUGCGGUCAUCAACACUCCCUGGCCCUCACCACCGAUGGGCAGGUGUAUGGGUGGGGCACACCAGAUCUUUCAUCAAUACUACGAAACGAUUCGUUUAAAAAUCAUUACAAAAGUCUAUUCUCCGAGAUAUCGACCAUAGGUUCGGGCGGUUUUGGGACAGUAGUUAAAGUGAAGCAAAUAUUAGAUGAACACAUAUAUGCCGUCAAAAGGGUCGAGUUUCAAAAUUUUACCGACGAGUAUAAGAAAAGGAUUCUCAGAGAAGUGAAAAACUUAGAGAAAGUUCGCUCGGAAUUUGUUGUUCAGAAUAUUCUUAAAGUCAAACCACAAGUGUUUGGUCGACAGUUAGGCGAACCUAUGGAUUGUGUCGAGUAUUUCAUUUCGUGUGAAAUAUUCCGUCAAAUCUUAGAAAGUGUUCAGUUUUUGCAUAAAUUGAAUCCACAGAUCAUUCACAGAGACCUCAAACCCGAAAACAUAUUAAUUGCUGAAAAUGUAAGGAACGGUAGAUUUAUUAAGUUAUGCGACUUUGGUUUGGCUACAGUUCACCACAAAUACACCCAUUACAUGACACGUGAUAAACAUUCUACAGGUGUGGUCACAAUAAAGUACCAAGCACCUGAAAUAUCUCAGGGAAACAAAUAUGGACAUAAAGUAGACAUUUAUAGUCUGGCAAUAAUUGGGUCCGAAAUAUUUGAAUUGGAUUUAUUUUUUACCGACCCUGAUAAUCUAUUCUCCGAGAUAUCGACCAUAGGUUCGGGCGGUUUUGGGACAGUAGUUAAAGUGAAGCAAAUAUUAGAUGAACACAUAUAUGCCGUCAAAAGGGUCGAGUUUCAAAAUUUUACCGACGAGUAUAAGAAAAGGAUUCUCAGAGAAGUGAAAAACUUAGAGAAAGUUCGCUCGGAAUUUGUUGUUCAGAAUAUUCUUAAAGUCAAACCACAAGUGUUUGGUCGACAGUUAGGCGAACCUAUGGAUUGUGUCGAGUAUUUCAUUUCGUGUGAAAUAUUCCGUCAAAUCUUAGAAAGUGUUCAGUUUUUGCAUAAAUUGAAUCCACAGAUCAUUCACAGAGACCUCAAACCCGAAAACAUAUUAAUUGCUGAAAAUGUAAGGAACGGUAGAUUUAUUAAGUUAUGCGACUUUGGUUUGGCUACAGUUCACCACAAAUACACCCAUUACAUGACACGUGAUAAACAUUCUACAGGUGUGGGCACAAUAAAGUAUCAAGCACCUGAAAUAUCUCAGGGAAACAAAUAUGGACAUAAAGUAGACAUUUAUAGUCUGGCAAUAAUUGGGUCCGAAAUAUUUGAAUUGGAUUUAUUUUUUACCGACCCUGAUAAGUAUGCAUAA